CGGAGUCUGCGAGUGGCCUGUUGUUUUCCGGGCGGGAGGCGCCCGCGGGCCUGGCCCAUGGACCGCGCGGCCGUGGCGAGGGUGGGCGCGGUAGCCAGCGCCAGCGUGUGCGCCCUGCUGGCGGGGGUGGUGCUGGCCCAGUACAUAUUCACCUUGAAGAGGAAGACGGGCCGGAAGACCAAGAUCAUCGAGAUGAUGCCUGAAUUCCAGAAAGAUUCAGUUCGCAUCAAGAAUCCUGAAAGAGUAGAAGAAAUUAUUUGUGGUCUUAUCAAAGGAGGAGCUGCCAAACUUCAGAUAAUAACUGACUUUGAUAUGACACUAAGUAGAUUUUCUUACAAAGGGAAAAGAUGCCCAACCUGUCAUAAUAUCAUUGAUAACUGUAAGCUGGUUACAGAUGAAUGUCAGAAAAAGCUGGUGCAACUAAGGGAACAAUAUUAUCCUAUUGAAGUUGAUCCGGUUCUUACUGUGGAAGAAAAGUACCCUUAUAUGGUAGAAUGGUAUACUAAAUCGCAUGGUUUGCUUGUUGAACAAGGUAUACCAAAAGGUAAACUUAAAGAAAUUGUGGCAGAAUCUGAUGUUAUGCUUAAAGAAGGAUAUGAGGAUUUCUUUGAUAAGCUCCAACAACACAGUAUUCCCGUGUUCAUAUUUUCAGCUGGUAUUGGAGAUGUAUUAGAGGAAGUUAUCCGUCAAGCUGGUGUUUAUCAUCCAAAUGUCAAAGUCGUGUCCAACUUCAUGGAUUUUGAUGAGAACGGUAUGCUGAAAGGAUUUAAAGGAGAACUAAUUCAUGUAUUUAACAAACAUGAUGGUGCCUUGAAGAAUACAGAGUAUUUUAGUCAACUAAAAGACAACAGCAACAUAAUUCUGCUGGGAGACUCCCAAGGAGACUUAAGAAUGGCAGAUGGAGUAGCCAAUGUUGAACACAUUCUGAAAAUUGGAUAUCUAAAUGACAGAGUGGAUGAACUUUUAGAAAAGUACAUGGACUCUUAUGAUAUUGUUUUAGUAAAAGAGGAAUCAUUGGAGUUAGCCAACUCUAUUUUACAGAAGAUUCUAUAAACAAGCAUUCUUCAAGAAGACCUCUCUCCUGGGAGCAAUUUAUGCAAGAUCUGUUCACCUGUUCAUCUUGCUCAAAGACUCGUAUUUAUAAUAUUCUCUUGCUCUUGAAGUCUUCCCUUCUCAUAAUGGAAGUAUUUUUCAGACAUAUUCAAUCCAUCAACUGGAAAAUCGUUUAUCUCCAUCUUCUCAAUACACUCCUCACCAUUUUUUUAAAAUAAAUUAAAAGAAAAAAAAUUUAAAGCCAAAAUUAGAAAAAUAACGCCUGAUUUUCAAAAGCAAAUUUUGUAGUUCAGUGUUGUGAUACAGUUUUUGAGGAGUCUUUUACAUCAGGAAAGUUUGUAGAAGUUGUAUGAAAUGGUGAAAUGAUGUGCAUGAUUUUAAGUGUUGUCAUUUUUAUAAUUUGGAAACAUUGCGCUGAUACUGUCACCAUCUCCUGGGGUUGUGUGCUAUUUGGUUACGUGGGCUGAGGAAACUCCGUAUUUACCAGAGAAGAGUGCACGUAGUACCUGAAAACUCUGUGGUGUCCACCUGUCACUGAUCAUUACAAAAUGUUCUCUGUUGGGGCACUGAUAAUAAACAUGAACAGAAAAGCUUUUAUAAUUCUA